AUAUGUUUUUAAGGGAUGAGAUGAGAUGAGAUGAGAUGAUAUGAGAGGAUGAUAGAGAAACUUGAGGUUAUUUCUUGUCUGCUUCCCUAUGCACCAGGCAACUCAAUCACCACACUUUUCCCCGUCGUUUUCUCAUCUCCGGUCAUCUGACCUCCGCCUCAAUUCCGAUCCGCCCUCCGCUUUCUAACCUCAGAUGACACGGACGGACUGCCAUUUCCACUCUGUUCCCGAUUGUUUACCAUGAGCCCUCUUUAGGUUUGAGCUUCUCUUGGUUUCUGCCUUUUUGUUCUACCUCAGCUUAGUUUUUAAAAAAUGAGUGGUAGCGGUGGAUUCAGCAGCUUGGAGAGGGAGUGCAUUCGGAGGCAUCACAGCCACGAGCCUGCUGAGAAUCAGUGCAGCUCCGUGCUCAUCAAGCGCAUCAAAGCUCCUGUUCCCCUUGUUUGGUCUUUGGUGAGAAGAUUUGACCAGCCCCAAAAAUACAAGCCAUUUAUAAGCAGGUGUGUAGUGCAGGGGAAUCUUGAGAUUGGAAGUCUCAGAGAAGUUGAUGUCAAGUCUGGGCUCCCUGCCACCACAAGCACCGAAAGGUUGGAACUUCUUGAUGAUGACAAACAUAUUCUUAGCAUCAGGAUAGUUGGUGGUGAUCACAGGCUUAGGAACUACUCUUCAAUAAUUUCCCUCCAUUCAGAGAUCAUAGAUGGAAGGCCAGGGACUCUUGUGGUUGAGUCAUUUGUGGUGGACACUCCUGAAGGAAACACAAAGGAUGAGACUUGCUUCGUUGUAGAGACGUUAAUCAAAUGCAAUCUCAAAUCUCUUGCUGAUGUCUCAGAACGGCUUGCUAUUCAGGAUUGGACUGAGCCUAUGGUUUAAGCGAACUUUAAAGAUUGAAUGGAGAAUGGUGGGGGCAAGAUUUGCUGUGAUAUUACGCACCAAGAUUGGCAGUAGUACUACUCUCAUAUACACAUUUCACACUUGUUCCCUUUGCUGGUUAAUUGUCUUUGAAUUAUAGGCUGCUGUCUUCCGUGGCUGAAGCACCUCAUGUCUUUAUAAAGGAAUUCAACACCCAUUCAUGAAUAAGACGUAUAGAAGUUAUUCUUCUCUAGUGUCCAGGAUUUUGGUUAGGUAGUGUAGGAUUUAUGGUUGUACACACGAAGAGGCAUUAUGAGUACACUCCUUAAUUAUUUUGGUUACUAGUUUCAGACAGUCAAACUGGGACAAACCAUAUUUGGAUUUUAAGCAUUGUCUGUUUGUUGGUGGAAAUUCUAUUUUUCACGUAAUGUUGGCCGAGUUUAUCACCA